GCUGCGUCGGCCCGGCCAGCAGCAGCUCGAGGAGGGAGCUCCGUGCUGCCCGCCCGCUCACCAGCCUCCCCCCGCUCCGGCCCGGCCAUGUCUUCCCUGCUUUGCUGCGGGCCCAAGCUGGCCGCCUGCGGCAUCGUGCUCAGCGCCUGGGGCGUCAUCAUGCUGAUUCUCCUGGGGAUUUUCUUCAACGUGCACUCUGCUAUUCUCAUCGAAGACGUUCCCUUCACGGAUGAAGAUUUCAAGGACGGCCCGGAGAGGAUCUACCGUCUCUACGAGCAAGUCAGCUACAACUGCUUCAUCGCGGCCGGGCUGUACCUGCUGCUCGGGGGCUUCUCCUUCUGCCAGGUCCGGCUGAACAAACGCAAGGAGUACAUGGUGCGCUAGGACCCCGCCGGGGACAGCUGCCCCCUCCCCGGACCCGCCGGGCCCAUCGGCUCAUUCCAGCUCCUCCCCGGCGCCCCCUUUGCUCGGGACUCGCCCUGCCG